ACCCCACCUAAGCUCCUUGCACAAAACUUCAACAUUCCUCAAGCUCCAACCCAAUUCCCAACUUUCUUCUCUUUUCUUUUUUUUCCGACUUUAAUUUCUCCUUCUUCAACCACGUUAAAACUUCCCUUCCCCUGUCUCUCUCCUCCCAAUUUCUUCUGCACUGUGCUUAGUCCCGAUUUCAUUGACACGAUAAAGUUUCUGACUAUCUGGGUUUCCGCCAGUAAGGUAAACCCUUCACGAAUUUCAUUUUUUUUUUCUCGACAUAUUUGUUGGGCAAAGCAAUCACUAUUUCUAUGUUUUCACCUUCCUUUUUCAUCCUUCAUUGUUUCUAUUAUUGGUACUCUUUGAUUUGAUUCUUUGCAAAUUUCUGACCUGAUUUCGGGUAUUUUGAUGUUCAAUUGAAAAGGGUAUUCUCCAAAUUUGAGGAUUAAGUUGUGGGGAAUAGAUAGGGAGGGGUGCCCAGAUCUGUUUUGGAUCGUCCCUUCCUAUGGCAUAUAAAUUGGUCUUUUUAGGGUUUCUAAGAUCUCUUUUAAGGUUCUUUAUAGUUUUGAAUCUCUGCUGUAUUUCUGAUUCUUCUGAUUCAAAAUGUUCGAAUGACACCUCUUUGGCUGGUUUAAAGUCUGAAUUUGUAAUGUUGCAACAUCAAUUGAGAGGUGUUUUUACAGUAGUUGACAAUUGUUCUUUUAGGGUUAGUGAAUUUGAUAUGCUACCUGGGUCUGAUCAUGUGCAAUGGUGGGGUGCUGUAGGUGAUAAUUUUGUUAAUUUAACAAAUGGGUUUAUCAUUUCUGAUGAAAAUUUGAGUAGGGCUUAUAAAAAUGAUAGCUUUGUUGUUCAUUUGAGGAGUAAUAUCAGUUGGGAUCAGAUACAAGUAGUUGCUGUUUGGGAUUCUCCCACGGCGUCUGAUUUUGGGCAUGUUGUGCUUCCUAACUUGGUUAAUGGGUCGGAGAUUUCGGCCCCAUCACCUGCACCAGAGAGUGAUAGUAGUAGUAAUGCAACAAAUGUUAAGAGGUUGCAUCAUGAAGAGCCUACAAUGUUUGAGAACUGUAAGGUUUUGUCCUCUAAGUAUAGGGUUCGAUGGACUUUGAGAGAGGAGGAGAAUCUAAUUGAUAUAGGGCUGGAGGCAGUUACUGGAAUUCAGAAUUAUAUGGCGUUUGGGUGGGCCAAUCCUAAUGCUUCUUCAGGGUACAUGCUUCAUGCUGAUGUAGCUAUUACAGGAUUUACUGAGGAGGGUAUGCCCUUUGUGGAUGAUUACUAUAUUACUGACUAUAGUGAAUGUUCGGUGGAUGAGAAUCAUGUUGCUCGUGGUGUGUGUCCUGACUCAUUAUAUAAUGGAUCCGGUUCAGUUAAUAAUACAAGUUUAGUUUAUGGACACCGAAAAGAUGGCGUGUCUUUCAUUCGUUACCAGCGACCACUAAAAGCAAAUGACCCAAAGAAUGAUGUCCCAGUGAAGCACACGGAGAAUGCCACCGUAAUAUGGGCAUUGGGUAGAAUAAAGCCACCAGAUUACCUCCGACCUUAUUCUCUUCCCCAGAAUCAUGGGGGACCUCGGUUUGAGAGCUAUGGAUUUUUGGUCCUGAAUGUCUCGGAAAAUAUAAAUGAUUGUAUGGGCCCUCUUGAUGCUGAGGACAAGGAAGAUCAAGAUCUUGUUAUUGCAGAUGCUAAUACACCGCUUGUUGUUACUUCUGGUACUGCUUUGCGUUAUCCAAAUCCCCCAAAUCCCUCAAAGGUUCUCUUCAUCAACAAGAAAGAAGCUCCAGUGUUGAGAUUGGAGAGAGGCGUUCCUGUGAAGUUCUCGGUGCAAGCUGGGCAUGAUGUUCCGUUUUACAUAACUUCUGACCCUUUAGGUGGAAAUGCAACUGAGAGGAAUAUUUCAGAGACCAUAUAUGCCGGUGGAGCUGAACUUGAAGGAGUUCCAGCAAGUCCAAAGGAAUUAGUUUGGACACCACACAGGAACACUCCAGAUCUAGUUUACUAUCAAUCAGCGUAUGAGCAAAAAAUGGGAUGGAAGGUUCAAGUGGUUGAUGGGGGGUUAUCAGACAUGUAUAACAACAGUGUCGUUUUGGAUGACCAGCAAGUUAAUUUCUUUUGGACAUUGUCUGAAAAUUCGAUAUCUAUUGCAGCUCGGGGUGAGAGAAAAAGUGGAUAUCUCGCCAUAGGCUUUGGUAACGAAAUGGUGCAUAGUUUUGCUUAUGUGGGUUGGUUUGACGAUGAUGGGAAGGGACAUGUUGAUACAUAUUGGAUUGAUGGCAGAGGAGCCUCUGAUGUCCACCCAACAAAGGAGAAUCUCACAUAUGUUAGAUGCAAGUCUGAGAAUGGUGUCAUUACUUUGGAGUUUACUCGUCCCCUUAAUCCUUCAUGCCCUAAGAAGGAUGAAAGGCCUGAAUGCAACAACAUAAUAGAUGCUACUUCUCCUCUGAAAGUCAUAUGGGCAAUGGGUGCUACAUGGUCCAAUGACCAUUUGACUGAGAAAAAUAUGCAUUCUGCUCAUAGCAGUCGCCCUCUCAGGGUGAUGCUCAAUCGCGGUUCAGCAGAAGUUGAGCAGGACUUGAGACCCGUGUUAGCUGUCCAUGGAUUUAUGAUGUUUCUUGCGUGGGGAAUUUUGCUUCCUGCUGGGGUACUAACUGCAAGAUAUUUAAAACAUGUGAAAGGCGAUGGUUGGUAUAAAAUCCAUGUCUAUUUGCAAUAUUCAGGGUUGAUGAUUGUACUGCUUGGAUUUCUCUUUGCUGUUGCCGAGCUCAAAGGCUUGUUUAUGACCUCCAUUCAUGUGAAGCUUGGAAUGACUGCUGUAGUUUUGGCCUGCUCUCAGCCCAUUAAUGCAUCACUAAGGCCAAAAAAACCAUCCAAUGGCGAGGUUCCUCCUUUAAAAAGGGUAAUAUGGGAAUACUCUCAUGUAAUUAUCGGCAGAUCAGCCAUUAUCAUAGGUAUGGCUGCUCUUUUGACAGGAAUGAAACAUUUAGGAGAGAGGUAUGAAGAGGAUGUCAGAAGGCUUACGUGGGCUCUGAUAUGCUGGUUUUUGUUUGGUGGAGUGACCAUCCUAUAUUUGGAGUAUCGGGAAAAGCAACAUGGUGAUAGAAGCUCGGGAAGAGGCAAGUGGGUUCUGGGUAAUGAAGAAGAUGAUACUGCUGAUCUCUUGAGCCCUACUGGCACAUAUGCUGAGAAAGAGGCUCAUCUGUCAGACAGAAUGGAAGUGCAAUUGGAGCCUUUGAACAGAUAGCUAUUAAGAAACCUGAUUUUUUUUCAUGUUUAUACAAACUUGUAAACAAUUUUGCCUGCUAUGUCAAACAAAAAGAAAAAAGGAAAGCUACGUUGUGAUAUAGGACAAUAGAUGGAGAUAGCAAGUAGCAACUCCAUUUGGAGUGGAAAAAGGAGUUUUACUUGUUAAAUGUUCAUGGUGUAUACUUGUUUUGAUUUCUGUUCUGUAUACUUAGCUCAUGUUCAAUGCAUAGAAAAAUUCACUUGCUCUA